AUUCCCGUGCGGUUUUCCAACGACAUCCGGUCUUGCAUUUGGGUGCUUCCGCUUGACAACCAGGCUCACUAUCUCACUAUCACAGCAACCAAAGGAAAGAGCAGACGUUGAGGGUAUUGUUGAAGGAAGUGUCUUGCUUAACACCAUCGACGACUAGCUAGCUAGCCAGCCAGCUACCUGGUAGACAGAUUGAUUACGGGAGACUUGCAUUGGAUCGACUCGAGCCAAAAAAUAGUAGAGAACCGGCAAACCCAGCACAAAACACACUUUUCCAAAGAACACCACAGAGAUCUACCUCAAGAAAAAUAAAUAAAUCAUCACCAUGAGCGGGCAACCCUUCAAAACCAAAUUCACCAUUGGUCUCUUGACCAUCGAUCCAUGUCCGCAAGAGGAACAUGUUCACACGGAUGAGGAUUAUUUGAGCAACGAUGUCAACGCGCAUCUGUCGGCCGAAGAACUAGCGGCGCGAGACGCCAUUAAAGCGCGAAAGGGCAAAAAGAAGCGAAACAAAUCGGGUGACAAGGGUGUAUCGCGACAAAAGUCGGGUGACAGUGUCGGACUGCCUCCCCCCGAACCCAUCAACGAUGCCGUGGCCGAACAAGUGCGACUUCGAAUGGAAGCCAAGAAAAAAGCCAAAGCCGAAAAGGCCCGAAAAGCGGCCGAAGAAGAUGCCGCUAUCAAGGCAGAAGCCGAGGCAACAAUCGCCGCAGAAAUGAAAGAAAAGGAAGAAGAAGAAGCACGCGUAUGGGCGGCCAAGCGAUUGGCAGAAGAAGAAGCCAAGAAGGCGGAAGAAAUUAGACUCCGUCAUGUCGAAGAACAACGCAGGGAAGAAGAACGGAAGGCCGAAGAAAUUAGGCUCCGGCAUGUCGAGGAACAAGCUAAACAAGCCAAAGAACCGUCAGAUGAUGAAGCGAGCCUCAAUGGAAUGAUUCCCAGCCUUGGCUACGAAGAACCCCUGCCCGAGAAACCCCGAACGAAGCAACGUCGUCGUGUUUCUUUUUUUCCCGCCACUGCUGACAACUCUGGUCUGGACGAUGCAUUGCGCAACUACAACAACGAUGUUCCGUUUGACUGGGAAAACCCAGAAUGGACCAAGGAAUUUGUCGACCUCCGACAUACGACACAACAGAGUCUCAUUUACGGAUGGGAAAAACCAGACUGGACCGUCAAGAGAGGAUUGAGAGCCGCCCAACGGCGUUCUUCGAAGUGUGGAUGGGAAAAGCCCGAUUGGGCCAAAAAAUCCAUCUUGCGAAAGACCGAUCGACUCGACGAUCUCAUGAGCGAUACCAGUGGCCGCACGAGCUUGGGCGGUAGUAUGGAUGGCAGUCUCAUGCGAAGACAUUCCUUUUGUUUCAGAGGUGAAUGGGACAGACCCUCUUGGGCCAAACGUAACGUGCUCAAGAAAACCGAGGCCGGUAGCCUCAUUCGUAAGGGAGCCAAUCUGGCCAUUCCCAUUACGGAGAUCAAGGCGAGGAUGGAUCCAGACUCCACCCUUCACGAUAGUGUGGACUCUUUGAACCAGUCGCUGAACAUGUCCAUGAACCUCAGCCAAAAGAAUAUUGACUGGGAAAAGCCAGCAUGGGCCAAAGGAGCUAAAUUGAGAAAAACCGAGGCCGGGCAAGCCGCCAGACAAGGCGUCAAUCUGAAUAAAUCCGGAAAAGGCCCUGAAGCCGCAGGCGGCGAAGCCAGCGCGGCAUCACUGAACGCGUCCGUGACCCUCACUCAAAAAAAUAUUGGGUGGGAAAAGCCCUCUUGGGCUUCCAAUCCAAACCUCAAACGAACUUCCACAGGAGAGAAAAUGAAGACCACAGGCACACUUGCGAAACCAAUCAUCUUCAGAGGCAACGAAAAAUAGGUCGCAUUUUGUUGUGUAUGUACGAAAAUGAGAAAAUCCACGCAACUUUGUGCUUUGCGAGUAUCUGAAUGGCAGGCUACAUUGGCAGGGCUGAUGUUGUUUAUUUAUUUUAUGCCAAAAGAGUAGAGUCCUGAUUGAUUCGUAGAUAUGUGAACAUUGUUAUUUUUCCCGUUACUCCAGGAAUCACCACCGUCCCGAAGUCUGCGCCGUCCCUUUGCGUGGCCUAUCGCUGGGAUUGUGCUCUUGACGGACCUAUUCAAUUGCCCAUUGUGUUGGCGUUGGAUUUCCACGGUUCUCAAGGCCUGUUAGAGAAAGCUGUGGUCGCCCCCCAAGCUGCUCGAGAAUGUCAUUGCCAGUACCAAGCGAGAAACGUGCGGACUGUAGAACAGGUAAAAGGUUGAUCCUAAGUUACAAGAUGCAAAUUAUUUAUUUCU